AAUAGCCAACUGCUGCUAACGAUGAAAAAUUGAAUUAAAUACUUAUCGUCGCUGUGUAUUGUUCUGUUUGUUUAGCCGGUUUUCAAUAAGUGAGUUUAGUUUUGCUUGUUUCGCGUUUCUGUGGUUGUGCAUCGUGUUAGUUUACAUAUAUUUUGCUUGUUAAUUCGCUUCCGCCAUUUUUCAGUCGGGUAGCAGCGUUAGCGGCGGCUGUUUGUUUGCAAGAUGGCUGCUUCCAUAAAUUGAAAUCAAUGGUUGCAAAUAACUUUGUGUAAAGGGGUUAUGCAUUUCUGGAGAAUUCUGAAGCAUCGAGUCUACAUCGAAGAAUAUAAAAGUCAUGUCUGCCCCUGGUUCCGCGGUGUCUGGGACCACUCCGUCGGUUCUGCAGCCGCGAUGGAAGCGGGUCCUCGGAUGGUCCGGUCCGGUCCCUCGGCCCAGGCACGGACACAGAGCUGUGGCUAUAAAGGAGCUGAUGGUUGUUUUUGGAGGUGGAAACGAAGGAAUUGUUGACGAAUUACAUGUAUACAACACGGCGACGAACCAGUGGUUUAUCCCAGCAGUCCGUGGUGACAUCCCUCCAGGUUGUGCUGCAUAUGGUUUUGUAUGUGAUGGAACACGGUUGCUGGUUUUUGGUGGGAUGGUGGAAUAUGGGAAAUACAGCAAUGAUCUCUAUGAACUACAGGCCAGCAGAUGGGAGUGGAAAAAACUGAAAGCCAAAAAUCCAAAAAACGGCCCACCACCUUGUCCUCGACUCGGUCACAGCUUUUCGCUCGUUGGCAACAAAUGCUACUUGUUUGGUGGACUGGCCAAUGAUAGUGAAGACCCCAAAAACAACAUUCCCCGAUACCUAAAUGAUUUGUACACACUCGAGCUUCGUCCUGGUUCUAGCGUGGUCGGGUGGGAUAUUCCAAUCACAUAUGGCGUCCUGCCUCCUCCUCGUGAGAGUCACACCGCUGUGGUGUACACAGAAAAGACGACCAGGAAGUCACGCUUGAUAAUCUAUGGAGGAAUGAGCGGUUGUCGCCUUGGAGAUCUCUGGACGCUUGACAUAGAUACCCUGACUUGGAACAAACCUUCAGUAGGUGGUACGGCACCUCUUCCACGAAGUCUUCACUCUGCCACCACAAUCACAAACAAGAUGUACGUUUUUGGCGGCUGGGUUCCUUUGGUAAUGGAUGACGUCAAAGUGGCCACACACGAGAAAGAAUGGAAAUGCACAAACACACUCGCUUGCCUAAAUCUCGACUCCAUGUGUUGGGAAACAGUGUUGAUGGAUACCCUGGAGGAUAACAUCCCCAGGGCCCGUGCUGGUCACUGUGCCGUGGCCAUCAAUUCCAGACUGUAUGUCUGGAGCGGCCGUGACGGUUAUCGGAAAGCAUGGAACAACCAAGUGUGCUGUAAAGACCUUUGGUACCUGGAAACAGAGCGGCCCCACGCUCCCGCCAGGGUCCAGUUAGUCCGUGCCAACACAAACUCUCUGGAGGUGAGCUGGGGUGCAGUCUCCACCGCCGACACGUACCUGCUGCAGCUGCAGAAGUACGACAUCCCCGCGACCCCGGCGGCAGCCUCGCCAGCCACGAGUGCAACGCCUUCGCAACCCAUCAACUCUCCAAAGAGCCCUGCACCGGCCGCUGCAGCACCCUCCGCGCAGAGUUUACAACAGACAGGUGACCAGCACUCACAUUGCAAAGUAAAGAAGCUCUACUGGGUAACAAAAAUGAAGUCUCAACUUUAUGCCUUCUGCUGGUUCACAGCUGUUUUAAAGGUUGCAGCUCAGCAGGCUGCCACAGGCGCAUCUGUUGUCACAGUUCGCCCGAGCCAGCCGGGGAAAUCCCCCGUCACCGUGACGUCCCUUCCUCCAGGUGUUCGAAUGGUAGUGCCUACCCAAACCACCCAAGGAUCGCCAAUUGGAAGCAGCCCUCAGAUGAGUGGCAUGGCAGCUUUAGCUGCUGCAGCUGCAGCCACACAGAAGAUCCCACCCUCUUCAGGAGGCACCGUUCUCAAUGUUCCCGCGGGGGCCACCAUCCUCAAAACAGUGGCUGUCUCCCCAGGCACCACCACGGUGAAAGUGGCUUCUCCUGUAAUGGUCAGUAACCCAGCCACCCGCAUGUUGAAGACGGCCGCGGCGCAGGUGGGCACGGCAACCGCGUCCUCUCCCACCACCACCAGACCGAUCAUCACUGUGCACAAGUCUGGGGCUGUCACAGUGGCUCAGCAGGCCCAGGUUGUCACCACUGUGGUGGGAGGAGUCACCAAGACCAUCACUCUGGUCAAGAGUCCUCUCACCAUGGGCAGCAGCGGUACUUUGAUCUCCAACCUUGGCAAGAUGAUGUCUGUGGUGCAAACCAAACCAGUGCAGACAUCAGCUGUCACAGGCCAGGCUUCCACUAACCCUCUCACCCAGAUCAUACAGACAAAGGGUCCCCUCCCAGCUGGCACCAUCCUGAAACUGGUGACUUCUGCAGACGGCAAGCCCACAACAAUCAUCACAACGUCUCAGGCCGGAGGCACAGGAAACAAGCCCACGAUCCUCAACAUAAGUGGCGUCUCGCCUACUACUACCAAGCAGGGAACCACCAUCAUUAAGACCAUCCCCAUGUCGGCCAUCAUGACCCAGCCUGGAGCCACAGGCGUGACGAGCAGUGCAGGCAUGAAAACACCAAUAACGAUCCUUACCACCAAGGUAAUGACCUCUGGAUCGCCUGGUAAAAUUAUUACUGCUGUGCCCAAACUGUCCACUGCAGCUGGACAGCAGGGACUGACGCAGGUGGUAUUAAAGGGCGCUCCAGGACAGCCCGGCACUAUUUUGCGUACAUUGCCCAUGAGCACAGUAGGCGGUGUUCGUCUGGUUACGCCAGUGACGGUCUCCUCCGUUAAGCCCACUGUUACCACGCUGGUUGUCAAGGGAACUACUGGAGUCACCACUCUUGGCACCGUCACUGGGACGGUGUCCACAAGUUUGGUAGGAGCCUCAGCUGACAGCUCCAGUGCCUCCCUGGUGACGCCGAUCACCACGCUGGCGAACAUCGCUACACUGUCCAGCCAGGUGAUCAACCCGGCCGCCAUCACGGUCUCGGCUGCUCAGACCAGUCUGACUUCCACUUCGACUCUGCCUUCCUCUACAAUGACAGUGCAGAACCAGCCCACCCAGGUGACCCUGAUCACAACCCCCAGUGGUGUUGAAGCCCAGCCAGUCCAGGAUCUUCCUGUGUCCAUUCUGGCUUCUCCAACCUCUGAACAGCCCAGCUCCACUGAGGCAGGAGCAACUGGAGACGGUUCUGGUACCGUCACCCUGGUCUGCUCCAACCCGCCCUGUGAGACCCAUGAUACAGGAACUACCAACACCGCCACCACCUCCUCCGCUACAAUCGGAGCUGGACAGGUCUGCUCCAACCCGCCCUGCGAGACCCACGAGACGGGAACCACCAACACGGCAACGACUUCCUCCGCUACAAUCGGAGCUGGACAAGUCUGCUCCAACCCGCCCUGCGAGACCCACGAAACAGGAACCACCAACACGGCCACCACCUCCUCCGCUACGAUCGGAGCCGGACAAGUCUGCUCCAACCCGCCCUGCGAGACCCACGAAACAGGAACCACCAACACGGCAACGACGGCGUCUUCAAACAUGUCCACAUUACGCGUGUGCUCCAACCCGCCCUGCGAGACCCACGAAACGGGGACGACAAACACGGCCACCACGGCGACCUCCAACAUGGGCGGGGCCCAGCAGGUGUGUUCAGAUCCCCCCUGCGAGACCCACGUGACGGGCACCACCAACACAGCAACACAAGCUUCCUCCAGCAUGAACGCCGGCGAGACGGGCACCGUGCAGAGCUCUCACCAAAAUCCACCCAGCGAAACUCACGAAUCAGGGACCAGCGACACUCCGUCCGCAUCCACCUCCAGCGUAGAGGAGGACCAGAGCAGCACAGCAACGGGCCAGAUCCAGAGGGUCUGCUCCAACCCGCCUUAUGAAACGCAUGAGACUGGGACCACCAACACCGCCACUACGGCUACCUGCAACAUGGAGACCGGUGAAGGCACAGCCGCCCAGCAGACAGAGGAAGGAGCAGAAGGAACAAGCACCACAGAGGAAGCUGCUACCACUGCAGCUACUAGCGUAGCUACAACCACCCAAGGCAGAGCCAUCACCACGGUCACUCAGUCCACACCGGCCCCUGGGCCCUCAGUACCGUCAAUUUCCUCAAUCACAGAAGGAGUAAGCACUGCAGCCAGCAGCACGGAGGAGCCGAUGGAGACUGAAGAGCCUGCAUCAGCAGAAGCUGCACCUGCUGAGGAGCCUGCUGCAGCCAUGGAGACACAAGCAGAAGGAGAAGCAGCAGCUGCAACGGCCUUGAACCUGCCCUCGGAGCUGAUGUCUGAGGCCCAGGGGACCACGCUGAUGGUGACGGGGCUGUCGGACGAAGAGCUGGCCGUGACCGCCGCCGCUGAGGCGGCUGCCCAGGCUGCAGCCACAGAGGAGGCCCAGGCCCUCGCCAUCCAGGCUGUCCUGCAGGCAGCGCAGCAAGCCGUAAUGAAUGAAGGCGACGGUUCUGGGGAAAGCCAGCAGCCCACCAACAUCCCCAUCAUGCUGACCCAGCAGGAGCUAGCCGCACUGGUUCAGCAGCAGCAGCAGCUACAGGAAGCUCAGGCCGCGGCGCAGCAGGCCUCCGUGGACACCAGCAUGCCUACCGAGGGCCUGGCCCCCGCCGACAGCCUCAACGACCCGUCAGUCGAAAGCAAUGGACACAACGAAAUGGCUGCCUCGGUCACCAGCGCCGUGGCGUCCCUUCUACCACGUACCACUGCUGAGACUCUGGCUCCAUCGAGUACGUUUGCGGCGUCUAUAUCAGUAGCAAGUCCGGCCAAGCUGCAGGCGGCAGCCACUCUCGCGGAGGUGGCCAAUGGCAUCGAGGUAGAGAAACAAGCCCCCCAGCCUGCGCCAGUGAAGCCUGUUGUUAAAAAGGAGAACCAGUGGUUUGACGUCGGGAUCGUAAAAGUGACGAAUAUGGUCGUCACUCACUUCUAUGUGCCAGGAGAUGAUUCUCAAGGAGAUGACGACUCUGGCGCCGUACCGGACUACGGCCAGAUGAAGAAGAUGGAGCUGCAGCCCGGCACGGCGUACAAGUUCCGCGUGGCGGGGAUCAACGCCUGCGGGCGUGGAACGUUCUCUGAGAUUUCUGCUUUCAAGACCUGCCUACCCGGAUUCCCAGGAGCCCCUUGUGCCAUCAAAAUUAGCAAGAGCCCAGAUGGCGCCCACCUGACCUGGGAGCCGCCUUCGGUCACGUCAGGGAAAAUCAUAGAGUACUCGGUGUACCUGGCUAUCCAGAGCAGCCAGACGGCCGAGGCCAAGGCCUCCACCCCGGCCCAGCUAGCCUUCAUGCGAGUGUACUGCGGACCCAACCCCUCGUGCUUGGUGCAGUCGUCCAGCCUCUCAAACGCUCACAUCGAUUACACGACUAAACCAGCCAUCAUCUUCCGCAUCGCCGCCCGCAACGAGAAGGGCUACGGUCCCGCCACUCAAGUUCGAUGGCUACAGGAAUCUGGUAAAGACGCCACUUCUGCAAAACCUGCCCCCAAAAGACCCGGCACCUCUCCUGAUACCAAGACUACUGGUCCAAAGAAAGCAAGGACGGACCAGUGAGGUUGCCCAGAGUCCCCUCCCAGUCUUUUUGUCUUUUUUUUUUUUUUUUUUUUCUCCUCCCCACUGUCCUUUUUAUCAGGAAGACUGACCUUCACUCAUCCUCCUCUUCAUCUCCCCUCCGCCCCCCGUCUCAGAUCAAAAUGGUGGCAGAAGCCCAGAUGAAAGUCAAUCUGAGACGUUUCUGUAGAUAAACCCCCUGACUCCUCCUCCUCCUCCUCGUUCAGUUGGUCGUAAUAUUUUUAGAGCAACUCAAACCUAGAAGCACAUUCUCUUUUUUCAGCCACAUCCCCUUCCUUCGUUUUAACAUCUAUUUUUGCUUCUUUUUUUUUUUUUUUUUUUGUUUUUUUUCCCAGAUAGUUGAACAUUAUAGAAACAUUUACACCUUUUCACAAACUGGGAGCCUGAGGCUGAGCGCUAUGUUACCUAAUUUUUUUUUUUUUUUCUUCUGUGUUUUGUGAAUUCUGGGGGGGGAGAUGUAGACAGAGACUACAUAAAAUGUUGUACAGUGUUUGGAAAAAAAAAAAAAAUGUCUGUGGAGGCAUUUAGUUUAGACGAAAGGAAAAAAAAAAUCGGUAUGGAAACAAAUAAAGCACUUGUCCUCCACAAACGAGGACAUCUUUUUCUUUUUUCGGCUCCAAAACAAUUUGCUUCAUAGAGAACCAAGUCUGUACAGUCAUCGUACUGGACCCCAGUCUCCUGGUAAAUAUCAUCACUGUGCGCUUUUUAUCCCCCCCCCCAUCCUCCCCGAGAUACGAGGAGUGGUGACCGGCACGUUGGAACGGACGAAGGAAAAAGGGGAAGAAAAAAAAAAAAGAGAACGGCAAAGGAAGAGAUUUGUAGAGAAAGAAUGAUGGACUUUGCUAGGACAGAGACUGGCAGCACACACACACACACACACACACACACACACGUUUCAAGGAAAACUUCCACACAAAAAAAAAAAAAAACUGAUUAAAAAAACCCAACCUUUUCCCAAAAAAUUAGCAAUGAUGCAGAAAAAAAUCUCUUGUGUAGUUUAUUUUUGUAUUUUUAAGCUUCUUUCUCCUGUGUGUAUGUGUAAUUGUGUGCAUUUUAAGAGAAAAAAAACCCGCAUAGCUUUUUUUUUUUUUUUUUUUUUUAACUGUUCGAUCCCCUCGGCCCCCCCGCCCCCUUCCCCUCUUGUAGUUUGUGUUCGUGGGAAGAUGGCUGGCUGUGUUCAGGUUGCCACUAUAUUUUUAAAAACCAUUCAGGUGGUUCGUGUUCCUGUUGACGGACGACGAUGAAAGACGAGACUUUUGUAUUUGUUCCAAGUAGAACCGCAGAGGUUGUAGGACUGAAGGGAACCUUGAAGUGGACCCAGAGAGAGGAGUUUUUUUUUUUUCUUUUGUUUUUUUUUUUUCUUUUGUUUUUUUUUUUACUUUGUUUACUCUUGAUGCUUGUGUUGCUUUGUUUGCCAAACAAAUUUUCCCGGGUUGGAAGGGAGGGGAAAAAAAACAAACAAAAAAAAUAAUUCUGCGUCACAUUUUUCCCGACUUUUCCUCCCCAUGCCCGGUCGGUUGUUGCUUCUUCUGCUCAUGAAUCUUUAAUUUUGUAGAAUGGCUACAUAUAUUCCGUAGACCCCAAACCACAACACCUUUAUUAAUGUCUGUGAAUCAACUGAAUAAAUUUUAAUUUGUUUUUUCCCUUCUCUAAGGCUCUGUAUUUCAGACCACAGAUAGUGUGCUAAGCUACCUGUUUUGUUUUGUUUUUGUCUUUGAAUGGGAAGGCCGCGUACAGCCGGAGUGUUACUCACUUGUAAAUUAGUUCGUUCAUAGAGCAAGAAUAAAACAAACAAAACACACACACAAAAAAACAACAAAACAAACAUCUUGGCCUUUUAUAUAAUUACCUGUAACAAACUGUUUUUACAUGUUGGGUCAUCUCUUGAUCGCCUUUUGUGUCUUUACUUAUAAAAGAAACAAAUAUAUAAAUAUAUAUAUAAAUAUAUAUAGUCUCCCUGAUUGUUCUGUUUUUUUGUUUUUUUUAUUUUGGUUUUUUUCCCGCUGAUUCACUGUAGGGAGUGAAGUCCUACUAGGUCCAUCAAUCCAAACGUGUACAGGGAGGAGUUGUCUGGCUGGGGGCAUGAGUGGAGAUCUUCUGUGUAAAAGGGCAGAUCCAGUUUGUGACGGUAAUUUAAAAUAAAAUAAAACAAAAAGGGCCCGGAACGUCAAAAGCCGAGGCCGCUCCGCUCGCCGCCGUGGCUUCAGGUUGGGAUUCUUUCUAGAAACUUUCUCUUCAUAUGCAUUCAUAAUUUUUGUGCGUGUCGGUGUGUCUGUUAAACGAAACUAGACAUGCAUGCAAAAAAAGCAGUGUAUUUUAGUAGUGAUGCCUUAAGUUAGACCAUAAAGCUGAAGGUUCUCAAAAAAAAAAUGAAAAAGGAAAAAAAAAAGGAAAAAAAAAAAAACAUUUAAUGAGUUUGUUCCUCUCUCCAUGUGGUAUACAAUUGUGUCCUUUCCUUCCACAGUACCUUUGCCGGGUCACUUAUUUUUGCACCCUUGUUAGAUAGGUCAUCAUCAGCAGUGCCGAGGUCUCCGAACUUUCCCUCCCACGCCGGGACGAGUGCUCUCUUUAUCAGCACUCGCAGGUGUUGCGAGUUUCUCUCGGCUGUUCGCAGGUUAUCUGGAAAUGUCCUGUAUUUUCCAAUGUGUGUUUUUUGUACUGUAGGGAGUAAUGUAUCUUUUAUCAUCAAAAAUAAACAUGUUAAACAGA